CAAACCUUCCCCACCCCUUUCUCUCAAUGUUUCUCUGUCCAGCUUGCAGCCCAGGUUCUGGACGAUCUUGAUGAUGAGGACAUUGGAUUCGGCCUGGUGGAUGAAAAGAAGGACUCUGCUGUUGCCAAGAAGUUGGGUCUGGAUGAGGUGGAGAGUAUCUACAUCUUUGCUGACAAUGAAAUAAUUGAGUAUGAUGGAGAGCUGGCUGCUGACACCCUGGUUGAGUUCAUCUAUGAUGUGAUUGAAGACCCAGUAGAGAUCAUUGACAAUGAACGUGAGCUGAAGGGCUUCUACAACAUGGAUGAGGUCAUCAAGCUGGUUGGCUAUUUCAAGAGCGAGAGAUCUGCUCACUUCAUUGAAUAUGAUGAUGCUGCUGAGGAGUUCCACCCCUUCGUCAAAUUCUUUGCCACAUUUGACCCCAAGAUUGCCAAGAAGCUGAAGCUGAAGCUGAAUGAAGUUGAUUUCUAUGAGCCAUUCAUGGAGGAGCCCGUCACCAUUCCAGGAAAACCCUACAUUGAGUCUGAGCUUGUUGAAUACAUUGAACAGCAUGACAGGCCCACUCUGAGGAAACUUGAGCCUCACAGCAUGUAUGAGAUCUGGGAGGAUGACAUUGAUGGAGAGCACAUUGUUGCCUUCGCUGAGGAAGAUGACCCAGACGGUUUUGAAUUCCUGGAAAUCCUGAAGGAGGUGGCGCGUGAGAACACUGAUAACCCCAACCUCAGCAUCAUCUGGAUUGACCCUGACAAUUUCCCCCUGCUGGUUCCAUACUGGGAGAAGACCUUCGGUAUCGAUCUCCGCUCUCCUCAGAUUGGCGUAGUUGAUGUUGAGGAUGCUGACAGCGUGUGGAUGGAAAUGGACGACCAGGAUGACAUGCCCACAGCUGAUGAGCUGGAGCAGUGGAUUGAGGACGUUCUGUCUGGAAAGAUCGACCCUGACGACGACGACGACGACGACGAUGAUGAUGACGAUGACGACGACGAUGAUGAUGACGAUGACGACGACGACGAUGAUGAUGACGAUGAUGACGAUGAUGAUGACGAUGAUGACGACGAUGAUGAUGACGAUGAUGACGAUGAUGAUGACGAUGAUGACGAUGAUGAUGAUGACGAUGAUGACGAUGAUGACGAUGACGACGAUGAUGAUGAAUAAAUGUUUACUACCAUCUUUCACUUCACUAUGAUUUAGCCAGUAAUGGCAAAACCCAAUAGUAGAACCAGUUUUUUUCUAACAUCUUGCAGCAAAUACACUGCGUCUGUUUGCUUCCCGUAUGGUUUCCUAUAAGGGACAAAUAUAAUGACCCUGUGGGAAACUUUUCCUGUCAGUUAGGGAAGGAAUUUUUCAAAGAAGCAGAGGAUUUUUGCAUCUCUGUUGACGAACAGCUCUCACCUCUGAGGUUCACACUGAAUGUGAGCAAAGAGGCUAACAGAGGCUAACUUCCCUGACAUUUUCUACCUAAUGUCACAGACUGGGGUUACCUCUUUCUCAUUUUCUCCAAUUUACUGUAAUCCUGUUUCAAUGACAUGUUUUCUACUUGAUGAGAAGAAGAAACAAACACUUUCUUGUACUAUUUUUAAAAACUAAAGAACCUAAACUCACUGGACAGUCUUAAAAUUAUUGCGAUCUUGGAAAACUUUCAAAAUAAUGGAUAAUUAAAAAAAAUUACAAUAUGAUUUGUUUCUGCUCUCAUAUUAAAAAUGAAAAAGAAAAAUAUUUUAAAACCAA